CCGUUUUUGUCAUGCACUUCUUUCAAAUUCUUGUCCAAGAGGAUUUGGUCAAUUCUGACCAUUGUUAAAAUUUUGCACAUAUUGAAAUUACAAGAGUAUGUCUUUGCGGAUGAACCUUAUCACUUCGAAGAUGUUAAGUUCACCUGCCACUAAGGGAUACUAAAUGUUUUAAUCGGUAGUCGAAUGUCUAACGAAUAUUUCAACUGAAUUGAAAUGUUUUAAUGAACAAGAUAAUCCUAGACGUGGCAGUAUGAACAUUUUUUUUCAAAAAAUCCAAGGGCAAAAUUUUUGCGAUUUCUGAACUUUUUUGUAGAUGAUUGAAUCCAACGAAUGCCUCGCAAUUCUUAAGUUUUGUUGAGUGCAUAUUGCUUGAAAUUUCUAUCAUGUUGGUGCGUUUUUUGUUACUCUCCGCGUUUUUUGUGGGAGGACCCACUGUACUGAGUUAUUUUUUGACGAGCGCGUGUAUUUUUUCUGGUGUACAGUUUUACAGGAGGUGUAGAAAAAAAUAAAACAUGCCGUCGACGCUGAGUAAAAUGGAAGAAAGUGCGGGGAACGCUAUGAGCUCUGUUCGGGAAACGUUGGAUGAUAAAGUGACGCUUCGGGCGGUUCGGGACAAGUUCCCCAGCUUGUUGCCUGUCGACUACAUGAACCGUGACUACGCCUUUGUCAUUCUCACCGGAUGUGCUUCCGCAUUGCUGAUGCAUUGGCUGUCGAUUGAAGUUGGACGUGCCAGGAAACGGUACAAGGUUCCCUAUCCGAUCGCCUACUCUGAUACUUCUGAGGUCUUCAAUUGCUACCAACGAGCGCAUCAGAACACUCUGGAGCAAUAUCCGAGUUUCCUCUUUACUUUGGGUGUCGGUGGAUUGUGUUACCCAAGGUUUGUAUCCGCUGCAGGAGCUGGUUGGAUUUUCGGACGAAUCCUGUAUGCGAAGGGUUACCAUUCGGGAGAGCCGAAGAAUAGGAUCCCUGGUUUCGUCGUGUCCAUUGUAAGUUCCACGCUGAUCCUGGGCGCGGCUGUGGCAACCGGACAUUGCAUGUUGAGGCUGUACAAUUUGGAGCAAUAUCCGAGUUUCCUCUUUACUUUGGGUGUCGGUGGAUUGUGUUACCCAAGGUUUGUAUCCGCUGCAGGAGCUGGUUGGAUUUUUGGACGAAUCCUGUAUGCGAAGGGUUACCAUUCGGGAGAGCCGAAGAAUAGGAUCCCUGGUUUCGUCGUGUCCAUUGUAAGUUCCACGCUGAUCCUGGGCGCGGCUGUGGCAACCGGACAUUGCAUGUUGAGGCUGUACAAUUGUCCCCUAGUUGUGAACGAACGAACAAUGGGAAUAUUUGUUGAAGGAGUUUCCGUCGAUUUCAAGUUCUCAAAUUGGGAUCUUUCCUCGUUGGACCUGUCGUUUAUUGAUUUGUCUGUCUUGUCAGUCAACCUUUAUGUGAGAGAAUACGGCGGAGUAAUUUUGAUUGGCGCGGCGUCUGCUAUUGUUCUUUCGUGGCAAUCACUGGCAGUGAGUGUGAUGCGAAAGAAGCGGAAUGUCCCUUAUCCUACCAUGUACACUGACGACGUGUUGUUCAACUGCUACCAACGGGCUCAUCAGAACACGUUGGAAACUUAUCCCCAGUUUUUGGCAUUUCUUUUGCUUUCGGGGAUACAUGCGCCGAAAAUGUCCAUUGCGGCGGGAACGAGUUGGUUGAUCGGAAGAAUCGUCUAUGCGUGCGGCUAUCAUACUGGCGUGAAAACGGGUAGAAGCACAAAAGUCGUCACGGUAGCGCAAAGCGAGGGCCGCGCCAAUAGUCGUUACACUCGGUUCAUAAAGAGGAGCCACCACGACAAGUAUGACCUGAAGCGAAGGAUGCGGGGAAAUGUAAUAGUGUUGAAUGAUGAGAUAAUUGGUGUGAUGGCCGGGGAGGAUCGCGAGAUCCUGCGGGCUGUGUGGGACGGGAGGCUGCCAUUGUGCCUUCGAUUGGCUGCAGAAGAUGUUUGCACUGCCCAGGAACCCGAUUGCUUCUAUCUCCUGGUGCCCAGGGUCUCCUAUUUUCCUGUUGUUUUGGACAAAGUUCGGAAUUACUUCGGAAGGUUUGUGAGGAAAGGUUUGGAGGAUGGAUGUGAUCUUUGGCUGGAUUUUGACGGAAUUGCGCUCAAGUGGCAUUAUCCGAUUGGUGUCCUUUUUGAUCUCCUCUCGGUGGACUGUACAUUGCCGUGGAACUUGACGGUCCAUUAUAGCAAUUUUCCAGACUCAGAACUGAUCCGGUUGCGGAAGAAGGAAGAUGUGGAGAUGGCAUUUUUGAAUACGGUGAAGGAGGCUGAUGCGUUGAAGCAUCGCCGUCCAGUGAUAUCCACGCUUCAGGAAUCUGAGCAUCGGCAGCUUUGGCUCGGGUUGCUCAAUGACAGGUACGAUCAAUUCUGGUCAGUGAAUCGCAAAUUAAUGGAGCGACAAGGACAAGGGGACCCAUUCAAGCACGCGCCAGUCAGAUUUCACUUCCCGAAUUUUCCAUUUGUACAACGUUUGAUUCGACCCCGGAAGGACGAUGGACAACUCUCCACGCUUCACGAUGCCUUGGCUGAAAUAUUUCCCGCCAUCAAAAAUGGUGAAACGCACAGAGUUGUUCUGCAUGGAAUCGCACCUCCGCUCGAGACGCCGUUGCAGUGGCUCAGCGAACAUUUGAGCUAUCCGGACAAUUUCCUUCACGUUUGCUUGAUUCCUUUGUGAAGAAAAGAAAAAAUAUUCGCGUUCCGUAAAGCUUUGAAUCAUUUUUGCUUUUUGGAGUGAUUGAAUGGAUCGUCGUCGAGACCGUGAUGUGUCAAACUGUGGGUUUCACUACCCGUUUUUUUUUUAAGCAGAGAUUUAAAGAAAUUGAACUUUUUGAGACAAAUUUUAUUUCCACUUUUCUUUGGCUUUGAAAAUUUCCUGCGUGGACACGAUGGGCAACGCAAUACAAAUUUUUAUAUUUCA